AUGACUAAGGAGGAGUUCCUAUGGGUAUGGACUCCACGUAAAGAUGUCGAUGAGUCUAAAAAAGGCUUCCGUCGGUGGUGGGAUAAACUACCAGGGUUCAAGUACACUUUCUUCUCCUCCAUCGCUGAUGUGCUUGGAGACAAUCUCAUGUUCCUCACUCAACCGUUCCUAUCGAUCAUCCUGUUCAAUCUACUUCAACAAG